ACUCAUAACAGUUGUUUGGGUGUUUACAUCCCAUGGCCAGUGUUGUGUAAGGGCAUUUUAGUGAUAACUUUGGACAGUUUUUCAGGAUCAUUAUUGUUUUUCUCGUAAUUUCAUCGCAAUCAUGGUUGAUAGACUUGUCAACAGUGAGGCUAAUGCUCGAAGAAUUUCUAUGGUGGAGAGUUGCUUUGGUAGUUCCGGGCAGCCAUUAGCAGUCCCUGGACGAGUCUUGGUUGGUGAAGGAGUUUUAACAAAAAUGUGUCGCAAAAAGCCGAAGCCAAGACAGUUCUUUUUGUUCAAUGAUAUUCUGGUGUAUGGAAACAUUGUUAUCAACAAGAAAAAGUAUAAUAAGCAGCAUGUCAUACCUCUAGAGGAGAUCAAGCUGAACCCUUUGGAGGAUGAAGGCCAAUUGCGCAAUGGAUGGCUAAUCUGCACUGCCUCAAAAUCAUUUGCUGUGUACGCAGCAACCUCUACCGAAAAACAAGAAUGGAUGGCUCACAUAAACAAAUGUAUCGAAGAUCUUCUCAAAAAAAGUGGCAAGAAAGCAUUGGAAGUUCAUGCGGCAGUUUGGGUACCAGACUCUGAAGCAAAUGUGUGUAUGCACUGUAAAAAGAAUCAAUUCACUGUUCUCAACAGACGGCAUCAUUGUCGAAAGUGCGGCGCUGUAGUCUGUGGUCCAUGUUCGAGUAAACGAUUCCUGCUGCCAAAUCAAUCUUCAAAACCUCUUCGUGUGUGUCUUAAUUGUUACGAUUCAUUGUCCAGAGCCAAAGCACAGCAGAAUAGCCUGUCAGAUAGUUCCAAAGGAGAUAUGGUUAAAGAUAGAAAUGCUUAUAACAGAGACUCGUCUGGUGAAGAGGAUUCAGAUGAUGAAGAAGAAAGUAAUAACAAAUCACAGCUUGCUAGCCCUGAUCAGCCAAAAUUCUAUGGAUCAGUUCCUGCGUAACAUCGAAAAGUUGACUCUAUCGGUCUUUCUACAGAAAAAAGCUAAGUAAAUUGGCCUAAUCUACACCGUAUCCCUUUUCCCUUUUUUUAGCCUUUUUUACUGUUCAGCGGUUUUAGAACUGUUCUGUUUUAAUUUGUCUUUUACCUAGUUGACUAGCAGUAUAACGAAAAUCACAGCCGGCUCACAGAAGUUUUUGACCCUUUUAAAAAAAAAGGAGGGAAAGGAAAGUAGCGUUUUCUGCUCCAGCGCUUCAGCAGUGGUUAAAUCUUAUUAAAAUGAGCAGCCAUUACAUCUGAUAAAGUUUAUUUUUAGAGAUUAACCAGGAUUUACUCAGGAUCUUGGGUCAAGAAACAAAGAUCAUUUUUUUUUUUUCUUGCAGAAAAAUAUUGGUAAGAUUUGACAACUUUACGGAAAAAUCAAUUCUCAGAAUAUUUUGUGUAAUGUGGAUUAGAUGUUACAGUAGUCAAAAAGAGGUGCAAAAGAUUCAAUAUGCAGUUUUUCAUGGACAAUCUAAAUAGGUCUUUUCUGAGUAGUUGUAGCACAAAAAAUUUGAUUUUUGGUUAUUAAAUUGAUGAAUUACCCAUCGAUAAGUCAUCUGUAGGUUUUAUGGCAGUCUCCAUUAGCAAUGAUAUCUAAAGCCACUGUAGUAACUUUCUUGCCUUAUUUCAACAAUCUUUUCAGUUUCUCACGAAAUUUUACGUAAGGAAAACUUUACUAAAGCCCUGCAAAAAUUCCUUGCCACUACUCCGUUAGUUUUACUGUGCAAGCAAAUUACAAAGGUAUCCUGUGAGUUUUUAACAGUAGAGAUAUUUUGUAGUAAAUUUUGCUAAUUUGAUUAAGCUGUCAUCGAUCUCUCAGAGGUCGUUAUCUUUUUUUGAUAUUUCAUAUAAAUCAGCAUACCAAAUUCUGCUCUUGAUUUUAAUUUUUUAAAAAAAAGAAAACUUUCUCUGUGAAUUAUUUUAUUGUUUUAAAGAUUUACAUCCAACCGUCAUUGAAUUAUUUUCUUGUUUAAGCCACUCUGCACAUUCUUUUGUAGAAAAUUCAAUGGAUGUUUUUUAUUGUACAAUCAAUUUUUUUACAGGUCAAAAAUUGACCAUGAAGUUAGCCUUUGGGGCAUGAUGUUGCCUGAUACAUAAUAGUAUGAUAGUUCCUCCAACUUCAAGACUCCGUCAAUUAUUCUUUUUUCACUUCUACGGUUAAAAAUAAAUAUUGCUCCAAGCUCUUUUUACUCUAUGCGAUUGCUCCUCACUGCCUGAUGAAACAACAAACAAAAUUUAAUCAACGAAUCUGACCAAAGAAGUCCAGCGUUGCUGCCAACAUUGGACAGUUAUUAUAUUUCUGCCUUUUCCAGUCACUUGUGACCGAAUGGCUUUUAAUUUAUCCAAGUUAAAAAAAAAAAUAUUGAUUUGCUUUUAUAGAACGUAUUUCUAAAUCAAAGUUUCUCAGUUUUGGACUGAAAAAUGCAUUUAUUUUCUCCUUUUGAUUCUGGUCAAUUUUUUAGCAAAAAUGACACACGCUUCCUUAAAAAACAAAUUCUGGAAAUUUAUGUAAAAAAAGAUGAUUUAAAGUUAUGUUAUCAUCUGAUAAAUUAACUGUAAAAUUCUAUCCUGUUGAAUGAAUACUUGGAUGGUCAAUUAUAGUUGCCAGAUAGUUGGUUUUCCCUAUUUGAGUUUAUGUAUAGGAUCCACAUUUUACUGGAAAAGCUGGCAAUUUCGUAAAGGUCAAUCAAAUAGUGUGAAAUGGGCUUUAUGCUCUCCGUUUUGAAGUUUGUGUAAAUAGUGAUUCCUUUAUUUUAUUGAAUUUAUAGUAUUUACAAAAAAUUUUACCAGCAUGUACAAUUUGAAUUUUGCUACAUAAUCCUUUAUUUUAAAUCCUGCUGUGUUUAAAAAAUCUCAUCGAACUUAGUCUUGCCGUAGUUACUUGUCAAAGAAAUAAUGACCAAAGAGGAAAAGACUCGUGUCUCUUUGAAUUGAUAUAACCCUCGGUAUUCCAAAUGAACUCUAUUGCUUGCCAAAUUUUAUUCCCCUGUUUCUGCUAAUUGAGGACAACAUAAUUCCCUCGAUGAUGCAUUUUAACUCUAUCUAUCGAAAGCAAUUUUUUCACAGUUCUUAAACUUUGUAGAACCUCGUUCAAAAUAUAUUAUAAAGUAAGUGUAAUAUAGUAUACUCCUUGUACUAUAAUGUAAGAGACCCCUCAUUUUUUAAUGUCAGGAGAUCCAAAAAAUCAAUUUUGUUUUUUUUUUAAAAAAAAUAAUGCACGAACAGGUCUGACCUGAAUUUUAUGUUUAUUCAACACAUAUUAAUUAUUACUGAACGCUUCUCCUCACUGUAAUCCUAUCGCCACCCCCCCCCCCCCAAAGAAAAACCUCCAAUUUUCUCUCACCUCAUUGCAUGAUUUAGCUGUUGUGUUUACUGUUUUUCUACUGUUUAUACCCUGAAAUCUCUUUUGUGCCUUGUAACUUCGUUAAUUGGUGACCUCAACAUAGUCCUGUGAUCACAGACAUUCUCACAAAGAACCUUAUAUUGGAUCGGCAUUUAACUAUUUUAUGUAUGUAUGUGUAGCAAAAUUUACACUUCUGAUCAACCACUCGAUAUGGAAUCUUAUCCGGUUCAGAAAUAUCUCCCAGAAGUUAUUUAUGAAUGCUAGAAAUAAGUUGAGACGUUUCAACUCUAGUGAUUUAACAAUCGUAACAACUUCUUUGAGAACUUCAUUUCCGAAAUACCAGCAUAGUAGUGCUCAAGUAUUUCAAUCAAUUUUUUAUCUAUUCAUCACACUUAGGUAAGCCUGCCUGAGGUUACCUUGCCUGGAAAUGAACUAAGAGUAUCAUACAUUUUUAUUUUCAACUGAGUCUGAUUCAGUUUCCUUAAAUGAGCAACGGUUUAUCUUGGCCAAAGUCCAUGCAAAAUAAGUUUACGCCCAUUUAGACUCAGACAGAAGAUCAUUUGGUGUCAGCUGAGCAUUGAAAGCAGAUGCAAGAAUCAAGAUCGCAGAUCUUCUGUUGCAGUCUAAAAGUGCAUAAACUUAUUUGGCGUGGACUCUAAUCGGUGCAUAUUGACGGUGAGAAAUGCGUAUCUGAAUCACAAUGAUCAAUUUUUUACUUUCUACCAAAAAAGCAAAUCAAAUUAUUUCCUUACAAUUUUGUCAGAAUUUUUUGAGUGAGUAAAGGAAACUCACAGAAAAUUUCUAUAAAGACCAUUAGUUAAUUUUCUUUCGAAAAAAUAAAACAUGAAGGGAGACUUACCUAAUACAUCGCAAUCUAUGUUACGUAUUUUUCGACUUUAUCCAUUGAUAUAUCAAUUAUCAUCUCUCAUAAGACAAAGUCUUUCGAGGUCUGCAUACCUUAAAGAUUUGACCUGUUUCAGUAUAAUAGUCUAGUUGUUUAUCUUCUAUUAUUUGAUGAUCACAGAAUAGAGGAAAGACCAUUAGAAAGGUUUUUCCAAAGGAUGGAGUUGAGGUCGGACUGUCAAAAUUAUUUUUACUAAAGAACAGAGGUCUCUCUUUUAUUGUGUACAUGCAGAAGAAAAGUUUGAAAAUUCUGGUUUGCAAUUUAAAUUGAAUUCAUGCUAUUUCUGCUUCUUAAGUAAUUCUCGAAUUAAUGUUACUUUUCUCUCAAGUGCCUUACGUGAAGUUUAAAAAAGUUUAAAAUGGAUUAGAAUAUUCACAAUAUUGUAUUUGAUGAUUUUUAGAUUAGAAAAUAUUGCGAAAUAUCAUGACAUGAGCCAUCCAAACGCCAAGCUUCUGCAUUCCAUUGAAUGGGAGUUAUCGCUCUUCGAAGAACCAGGUGAAUUCUUUCACCCAUUGCAUUAGUUCAGUUCCCAUCAUGGUCUUUUUCCUCCCCCAUAAAUCUAUAAUGAAAAGUAUUAACAUCAGUAAGAAGAUGUAUCAACAGAUAAGCUCAUUCUAGAGGAAACCAUGGUGUGCACUGAUAUGUGGUGGAUAAAGUACAUAAAUAAAACUCGUUUCAGGCAGGUAGGCAGUUGUUGACUGGUGAUCAUCAUGCAUAGUCAAAAAAUUCACGUGAGAUGUUACUCUCAGUCACAGCAUCUGUCAUCUGUAAACAUAAAGUAAACAUCAGUCAACCUGCUAUCUGACACAAGUUCUACAGAAUUUCUCAUAGGGCAGAUUCUUUUAACAUUGGACGCAGCUUGGGUGUUGUGACAGAUUUUUUAAUCUUUGCUCAUGUGUAAGCUUCCAUCAUUAAUGUACAUUUUAUGGCUCAAACAGCUCAUCCUUACCCAGCUAACGUACUUGAAUGAUUACUUAUUAAUGUCUGAUGAGGAACAUGAUGUACUGGGCAUUUUUGACGAAUUGUAAUGAGUGCGUUUUGUAAUGUGAAGUGGACGACAAGCUUUUUAAAGUGGAGUCUCACAUGAUAGGAUUGCAAUAGUGAAUUUAAGACGCAUCAUCCAUCUGCUUCUUACUCAAAACAGUUUAAGUUGUAUUGUUUUCUCACUCUGCUGAAUGAUAUUUGAGAUUACACCAAUGUGGUAGGUACUGUUUUUUAGUUGAAAAUAAGUGUGUUUAUUGUUAAAGGUAUCUAUCUAUUACACACAUGUUUGUAAAUGAUAGUUAAAAAUUGAAAAUGGUAACUCUCGUCAGAAGUCUCACAUUUAUUUGAACAAUGUUAUAAAAUGUGAGGUUUUGCAUAGCUGAUUUGAUGAUUUUUGGAUUGAAACAGAGUUGAACGCUGCGAAAUAGAGCUCCGGAGGAAAUCUUUUGGGUCAAAUAUGUAUUAAGCACAGAGGACGAUUGCAGUGUUGAAUGCGGCUCUUUCACUGUAUGAACAAGCCUAAUAUUCUUCAUAUAUUGUAAGAAAAUCCUCUAAUAUCCUAGUAAAGAUUUGUCUCCUGAAUGGAAAACUGUAGCUUUUUGGUCAAAAUCAUACGUUUUCUAGACAGCGAAUACCACUAGGGACUGAAUACUUACUUUCGCGUUGGAUACUUCACUGAAACGUUCGGAAAUAUUGGUCUUUGAAGCAGCUCUCCAAGGUAACAGCUGUUUUGAAAAAUGCUGGAGAGGUAUAUGGUGGAGUUAUCCGUCAAGUUUCACCACAAAAUUUUGGCUCUCGGAAAACUUGUCUUAAAAAUAAUCAUUUUGGAGCAAAGAGGGAGUAUUGAUAAGAGUAAAAUCAGUUAGACGUUUUUAUGAUAAAGCAAUAGAACUACAUUUAGAUCAAUGCCUUGCAAAGUCCUGGGUAGCCACUUCAUUGUCAUGCAAAAAAAAAAAAAAAAAAAUUGUGAGAAAACUGAAGGAAAAGAGAAACAGCGAGGUGAGCUACUUAACAGUGUAGUUCCAGCAUUGUUCAUGCAUUCAAGAGAUAUGCAUGCAAUGCAAAGAUGGAUCGGAACUUUUUGAUGGCAUUUGGUAUUACCAUUAGUAUUAUUAACUGUUAUUGUGUUUUAGCAAAGUAUUAAAUUAAGUAGCAAUUACUGUCAUUGAUAUUUUUUUUUUCUUUACAAAUCUUAGAGAUACAGUCAAGCUGGUUUUGCCUCUAUCAAUACCCUUCUUCUGCAUUUUUCCUCCCGAAAGCUCAAUUAUCUACACACAUUGAUUUUAUCAUUAUCAACUAAUUUUUACUUUCCCAGAUUUUUCAAUCAGGCCAACGCAACAGUUUCUGAUACGGAUUUUUUUAGAAAAUUGUCUAAAAAUUUGAAUGCUCUCUUCCCCUUCUUUUGAUGUUUGUUUUCUGAGUUACAGUGCAACAAGUAUACCGAAACUCGUAAAAUAUUGUUACCAUCCAAAACAUGUGUCUUACAAAUUGAUAUACUUACAGAUGUUAUGUAUUUUGAGCCCGUUCAAGUGAUCGUCCUAACUUGUAUUUUUCACAUGGUGCUUACAUUUUUUUUUUACUAUAAUUAAAUGUAAGUAGCUUAUCAUAUGAUGGAGGAUUAAUUUCAAAAAGAAAAUUUUAAAAAUAUUAUCCAGGUUGAGUUUCGCUGACUAGAGCAACUACUUUUAAUAGCAGAGAACCUCUUAGUCUCCCAAUUUUCAUUCUCAAUAAUUACUCCUCCUUUCUUUUUUUUAUUUAUGGUUAAAAAAAAAAAAAAUAGAAUAAUAAAGAGAGAUGCCUUAUAUUUUAAUCUGAUUCUCUUGCUGUCAAACAUUUUUUACACUGUGGUGAAAAUAGGAAAAAAAAUUGUUAGUUACAGUGAUCUUGUUUUUUUUUUUUUUUACCGUGCAAAAUUGUCACAAAAGUAUGUAUCAGAAUUUCAAGAACUGGCUCUCCUUUUGUAUAUCAGUGGAGGAUGCAAAAUUUCUCAUACAUACUCUAAUGAGUUAUACAAUUUCAGUAUGGGGGUAAUAACUGGAUGUAUUUCUGCCAAACGGAAUUAUGUGCAUCAAGAAAUAAGCCCUGAGACCCAUAAGAAUAUAUGCAUAACAGGGUUCACAUCAUAAUGCACAUAGUUCCGUUUGGCAGAAAUGCGUCCAACCUUACGUCCAGUAUUGAAGUUCAUAGCCAAUGAGAGAAAAAGUUGUGACUCACGACAUUAUAACCUUUAAAUCUUUAUUACUUUAAGGUGUUAUCUUAUCCAGGCUAGUUAAGACUGGCGAAAGACCAUCAUUUUCUUUUUUCCCUCUUCUACUUUUCAUCAUGAACUCUAUUUUUAUGAUCAGGACAUUUGUAAUGUUAAAAGUGCAAGUCCACUUUUUGCUUGUAGCUUAGUAUCAAGUUAACUUAUUAUAGAGAUGCCUUGGGCUUUUUAUCAGUGUAUAAAAUGAAACGCAAAUGAAGUUCUUAUACCUUAGUUGAAGUUUCUGCAAGUUUGUGAUAAUGUAGGUAAGGAAACAGUAUAUUUUUUAACACAAACUAAAUUACCUAUUUUUCUUAAUAUUUCUAUGUUAUUGAAUAAUAAAAUUUUGAAUAAUGUA